GAGCACUGACGCAGAGAGAGAGAGACAGAGAGAGCUAUUAUAGAAUGUGAAGGUGUAUAUAUUAUAAUAUAUAUAUUUAUACAUUGGUUAUGUGUUGAAUGGAGGACGCGGAGAUGAAAAGACAGGAGUUGUGGGCUAGCAUAUAUGAGAGGUGCAUCAACGGGUUCCUGCUCAUUUGGGACUUGCUAGGGAGCAGAGCAGUGCCUUUUUGAGUCUUUUCAUUUUUCUUUUUGUUUCCUUUGUUUUGUUCACAUUGGAUUGAGGAAAGCACCUAGUUUUAGGGGAACCCAUCUGGGUUUUUGAAGAUAAGAUUGGCAUACCAAAAUCACAACUGGGCCUUUCUUGCUUUUCAUUAUUUUGAUCUCAGGAGAGAGAGAGAGAGAGAGAGAGAGAGAGAGAGAGAGAGAGAGGAUGUUGGAAGGGAAAGCUUUGGUGGAAGACACAGACAUGCCAAAGAAGAUGCAGAUCCAAGCCAUGGCUUCUGCUUCUCAGGCUCUGGAUCUCUAUGAUGUUCUUGACUGCAAAUCCAUAGCUGCCCACAUAAAAAAGGAGUUUGAUGUGAGAUAUGGUGGUGGAUGGCAAUGCGUGGUGGGUUCCAAUUUCGGUUGUUUCUUCACUCAUUCUAAAGGAACUUUCAUCUAUUUCACGCUCGAGACUCUCAAUUUCCUAAUCUUCAAAGGGGCUUCCUCUGCCAACUCAACCUGAUCCCUGGCCUGUGUUUGGCUGCUAUGAAAAUGCGAGAAACUGGCAGAAGACGGGGGAAAAGCGCAUUGAUUUGCACUUCUUGUUAUCUUACUUUCUUCCCUGGUCUUCCCUGGUCUUUUAUCCGGGUUUUCCUCGUUAUUUUCCUCUUUACCCCUUUCCCUUUACCCUUUCUGCUUGUGUAGUGUGGACUUGUGAAGAUUACAGAAAACAGGGGUGCCACAUCCCACAGCCCGCCGGUUCCCUUUUGGACCAUCCCCCAUGUGAUAAUGCAUAGAAGGGGCAUUUACAAUGCCCAUUUUGUAUAGUUGCCUUCACAUAUGAAUAAUAAAAUAUGUUAUACC